AUGGGUGUGACAAUUGACGUUCAAAAUAGUCGAAAUAACGAAGAAUACUACGAAGCACUGCGAUCGGCGCUGUUUCUGAUGUGGGCUCGCAUCCGCUACCCAUGGUUUUGGUUUGCGCCUAUUCGUUGGUUUUACCGCUAUGACCAAAAAUUGGACUAUUACUGCAAUACGUGUAAACGCUUGACUAGUAAAUUCAUAGAGUGA